AUGCCGCUGGGCGAGCUGCCGGUGGGUUACCCGAGGGGGCCACCCAUAAGCAGCCGCGACGCCAAGUUGCACCACCGCAGCAGCACACGCAAUGGCGUGCAUUUCUUGCGGCAUCUCGUCACCGACACCGCGGAGGCGCCGCAUCACUUCACGCUCUUCGCGCUGCCGAUCGAGCCAGUCCUGACGGUGCGGUUCUGGUCUGCUGCUACGGACGGCACGGUGCGCUCAUGGCUGUGCCACACGAGUCUGUUGGGCCUACCCGCAGGCCAGCUGGUGUCGGCAUCUCGUGCCGCUGUGACCUGCCCGGUUUCUCCCGGCGCUGAUGGGACGGCUGGACUGACGGCAGCCACUGCCACUGCAGCUGCGGCAGGUACCAGCGGGCUGAGCAGGGAGGCAGUGGGUGCAUUCAUUGCGGAGAAAGCCGCGGUGUUUGCCCGCGAAACCGCCACACUGCGCGGCGAAGUGUCGCAGCGCACACAGGAGGUGGCAGCGCUGCAGGCGCGGAAUCGUGUCUUGGCGGACGCCCUGAAAUCUGCCAUCGCACGCAUCAACCAAGGCGAGGGGACAACAAACGCCUCGCCGUUGCCGCGACCGCCAACACCAGUGCCAGUGGAUGUGACGGAUGGCGCCGCGCGUAUUGACGCCAUGCGAGCCACACUCGAGGAGCUACACGGAAAGCUGCACGACGCGUAUGCCGACAAGGAGCAACUUCUAGCCGACCGAACGGCGAUGCAGUUGCGGCUGAGCGAGCGCGCGUCGCUGAGUGCCACAACGAAGGUGUGUCGCUCUGCGUCAGUGCCGGCGGAGUCGCGCCACGGUUUGGCGGCUCGCGAGGGACGCGGCCAGAUGGAGCGGCUGCAGGAACAGCUCGCCAUGUGCCAGAUGGAGUGCAGUAUGUACGUGCGCCACUGGCGGAGCGAAUACAUGCGGCGCGUGGCCGUUGUGGCCGAGCGGGAGGCCUGUGAGGAACGUCUUGCCACGCUGCAGAAGGAAUUGGACCACGCGAGGGCCGCUAUAGAUUUCUCGUCGCUGCCGUUACAGCAGCGGCAGCAACAACUACUACAACAACAACAACCGCAAUCGUCGUUCCCAACGGUAACAGGUGACACUCAGUCGGGCGGGGACGCCAGCGACGCUGCGCAGACUGACGCCAAGCUGUUUUGGCCCACUGAAUCGAUGGGCCUGCUCGUUGGUGUGGGUGUGGGCGAGGGCGACGGCGACGGUAACCGCAGUGAGGCCAAUAAAGAUAGCGUUAGUGAUGAUGACUAUGAUACUGGACGGGCUCUAGAAGGGCUUGCCUUCUACUGUGGCGCGCUAAGCGGCGGCAGCGCGGCGACCCCGCAGGGGGCGGGGACGGCGCAGACGGACCUCCACGAGCGUGAACAGCGGCUGGCAGCGGCGUUGCGUCACCUAAAGGAUGCCUGGCAGCGUAUUAAGCGGACACGCGAGGUGGUGGAAACGAAGGCCAAGCGAGUACGCCACGCUCAGAAGCAACUGAUAGCGAAGGAGGCGACGCUUCUUGAGCAUGCAGAGCGUCUGCGCGCCCUAGAGGAGGAAUUGCGCCGCAAGGAGCGUCGACUGAUGCGCGAGGGACGCGGCAGUCAACAGGGUUGUUGUUGUUGUUGUUCCACGUGCAAUUUAACGACCAGGUGCCGCUGCCCGAAGGAGGAAGGAGGAAAUGCAUUUGCGCACAUCUGCCGUGCNCGGACGUGA